GGGUCGGCCCGGGUCUGCAAUUGUCUCUUCGUCGACGUCUCCUCGGCACUCGUGUCCUCCCUAAUUUAUGACCCGCGUCCACGUAAACGCUCGCGAUUAUCGCGGACGAGUGAGUACCGAUGACAGGUUUCCCGGGAGGACGCGAGAGCGAGAAGUAGAGAGAUUCUGUUUUGUCACCGCCGACACCAGUGCCGAUAUGGAAGAGGAUUGCGCAAGGCGUUAGAGAGGAAUAUCCUUGCCACUGCCUGAUCCGCCCGAGAGAGUAAGCUGAUAAUUGCAAGGUAUUACUUGCGCUACAAUGUGAUCGGUGUCGAGGUGAGUUAACACUUCUCGUCGCGGAUCAAAGUUGCGCGAGUUCGUCGAGAUCGAGAUCCACCCGAGGCGGGUGCUCGCGGACUGUUUUGCACGAUUGCGAUCGCGUGCUAUCAUCGCGGUCUCAUUAUUCGCAACGAGGGAAGCCGGAAGCGAUUCGCCGGACGACUCGUCCAACUUUUUCUUUUGGAAUCGCGGAAAAGAGACGUGCAACGAGAGCCGAUCUUAGAGUCACCUGACCGCGUUUCGAGGCGCACGAUGAUCACGCGGACGAAGCUCUGGUGGAAGAUCCUUCAUUCCGGCGACAAGAAUGAUAUUCUCGCGGGCUUGGCCGCGCACUCCGGCCAGAUUUCCGUGGGUCUCUCCCAGGGAUACAGCGCGAUCCUGAUACCGAAGCUCCUCGAGACCAACUUCGCGGACCAGUCGCAGGCCUCGUGGAUCGCCUCUCUCGGUGUCAUCUCGAAUCCCCUCGGCGCCCUCGUCGCCGGGGUCUGCGCCGAAUGUCUCGGCCGCAGGUCCGCGAUCGCCCUGGCCACGUUACCGCACGUCAUCGGCUGGCUGCUGAUCGCGUUAUCGAGAAACGUGCCGAUGCUAUACGCCGGUAGAUUCGUCAGCGGCCUUGGCACCGGCAUGGCCAACGGACUCUAUCUCUACGUCAGCGAGACGGCAGCGCCAGAUCAAAGAGCCUGGCUCGCGAGCUGCGGACCAAUUCUGGUCUCCCUGGGCGUCUUGGUGAUAUACACCCUAGGUGCCGUCACGACGUGGCAAAAGGCGGCUGCUAUCAGCAUCGGACCCGCAAUUUUAACGCUCGCGUUGACACGGACGUUGCCGGAAACCCCAGCCUGGCUAGCGUCGCGGGGUCGAACGGACGAGGCGAAGGAGGCCCUCCUGUGGCUGCGAGGCCCCGGACUGAACGUCGACGAAGAGUAUCGGGAACUCUGCGAGACGAACGCGAAGCGGAAGGAGAAGAAGGAGGGCCUGUUGCGGGCGCUGCAUAAGCCCAACGUGUGGAAACCGUUCCUGAUACUCCUCGCCUUCUUCACGCUCCAGCAGCUGUCCGGCAUCUACGUGAUCCUGUUUUACGCCGUGAGCGUGCUCAAGGACAUCGGCAUAGACGUGAACGAAUACGCGGCCAGCGUGGGCAUGGGUGUAAUCAGGCUGUUCGCGUCGAUCCUCGGCGCCGGACUUGCUAACAGCUUCGGUAGGAAGAUCCUGGCCUUCGCCAGCGGUUUUGGCAUGGCCGCCUCCGCCGUGGGAGUCGCCCUCUUCUUCAGAUUCGAACUUUCAUCGUGGGUGCCACUACUCUGCAUCGGGACCCACGUGGGCGCGUCCAUGAUCGGCUAUCUCACGCUGCCGUGGGUCAUGACCUCGGAAUUGUACCCGCUGAGGUUCAGGGGCAGCCUGGGAGGUCUCACGACCAGCAUCGCGCAGAUAUUAACGUUCACCGCGAUCAAAACGUAUCCGGAUCUGAACGCCAUCGUCGGCCUGGAGUUCACGAUGUGGAUAUUCGGCGCGGCCGGCGUGCUGGGCGCGAUCUUCGCCUUGGCGAUGUUGCCGGAGACCCGCGGACGCAGCCUCGACGAUAUCGAGAUGAAGUUCUCCAGCAGGCAGUGCGACAGCUCGUCGUACGCCCGCAAGAUCUUCCCCAGCGUGUGGCCGAAGAACAUCAUUCUCCAGCGAUUCACGUCGAUCUCGGAGGAGAAGCAAUCGAAUAUCGCGGCGAACGCGUACGUUUACGACAAUUUCUGCCUGGAGCUGUCCCCGGAGAAACUCGAGAAGGAUAUCAAAAUCCCUGAGAGAGAAUCCAUUCGGGAUCAACGAAUCGUAACCGGCAUCGCGCUCGAACGCGUGUGCGUUUAAUGCGAGAAAUCCGGAACUUUUGCCAGAGAUCAUUCUUGCGCGAAUUUAUGUGGCAUUAGUUUACGCGUUUAAGAGAUAAUUAUUUAUUUAUUUUAUACAAUUAAUUAAGAAACCGAGGAUUACGUUGUUGACAAUCGCGAUUGGUAUAGAUACCGAUUCGUAUCAAUCAU